AUGGCGCCGCUCGGCCAGACGAUCGCCGUGAUUGACAAGUCCGGCAAGGUUGUCAGCACGAGUAAACAACUAUUCGGUGUCUUUAGUCAGGCUAAAGCUGCCUACAAGGAGCGCAAGUCGCAUUUCGACGCGGAGCGAAAUGCCAAGCUUGCCGAGGAACAGGCCCUCCAGGCGCUUGCUCACUACAAGAUCGACGACUCCAAGUCCGUAGGCUCACGACGGAGUCACCGGUCAAAGUCGCAACAUCAUGCCACUCGCAGUGUUCAUCGCGGUCGUGCUUCUUCUCGCUAUGAACAGGACUUGCAAUCUGCGUCUGGUCGGGAAUCACGUUACGCUCCGUCGGGCAUUUCCCGUCGACACACUCACCAUGAAAUCGCUGUCCGAGAACCCGAGGGUCGCCCACUCACUGCUCGGUCUAAGUCCGAUGCUCACAUCGAUAUGGACCUUGCAUACGGAGAAGCUCACCCUGCUGCCUUGUCGCGAUACAGCCCUCCUGGCCCCAAUGAUCAAAAUCAGCUCGACGGGCUGGUGAAUAAGGCACAGUGGCUUCUGGAGGAAGCACACUGCGUUCAACACAGCGCAACAGCCACCAUAUCGCAUCUUCAGAAAAAUCCCGAUGCGAUGGCUGCUGUCGCUCUAACUCUGGCAGAGAUCAGCACUCUUGCCAGCAAGAUGGCCCCAGCCGCGCUAUCCGCAUUGAAAUCUGCAAGCCCCGCGGUGUUCGCCCUCCUAUCGAGCCCGCAGUUCCUUAUCGCCGCCGGUGUCGGACUUGGUGUCACAGUUAUCAUCAAGAAGAUCCAGGGCGAGACCGCUAGCGGGGGAAAGCAAGAGGAGUCGAUCGGCAUGGACGACAUGAUGGAGCUCAACGUGGAACAACUCAGUCAUGUGGAAAUGUGGAGACGGGGCGUCGCAGAUAUCGAAGCUAGGAGUGUGGGGACCUCGGUAGAUGGGGAGUUCAUCACGCCUAAGGCAGCAGCAAUGUCGGGCAUCGAUGUCACCACUGCGCGCCUAGAGCGGGACCCGCGCUUCAAGUUCGACGAUGAAUCUGUUGCAUCAUCUCGCCAUUCUGGUCGCUCGCGUACAUCCCGGCACACUCGUGCCCGUUCGGCUGGGCGUUCUAGGGCCGAUUACGAUACCACAUCCAGGGCACCUUCUGGAUUCUUUUCCAGGCCUUCCAAGGCUCCACCACGAGCUUCCAGCCAGGCACCCAGUCGAGCUCCGAGCAAAGUCCCCAGCAAAGCGCCCAGCAAAGCCCCUAGCCGAGCACCCUCCAAGUCCGGCAGCUUCGUCCCUGAGAAAGAGAAACGACCCAGGGAGAAGAAAAAGAAGGGCCCCAGCCGCCUACGACUCAUGUUUACCGCCUAA